AUGAAGGCUGGAGCUUCAGUCUCUAUCCCCUGGAUUUACAGUCAACAAUACAGAAACCAUGUGAAAUAUUUAUGUGAGGGAAAUUAUUGGUCUUCCUGCUCGUAUACAGUUAAAACAAACUCACAAAGGGAUUCAAAUAAAUAUUCAAUCUCUGAUGAUAAAAGUCAAUCAAUCUUCACUGUGACCAUAAAACAGCUGACAUCUCAAAACACUUAUUACUGGUGUGCUGUGGAGAUUGAUGGCGGUGCCGAUCAUGGGUGUUAUUUUCACCUGUCUGUUACCACAGGAUCCAGAAUAAUAGAUGGAACCAGAGUAACCCUGAACAAGAGAGGUGAUAACAGAUUCACUGUGACUCUGAGUGAACUGAGUCCAGAGAGCAGUGGUUGGUAUUACUGUGCCAAAGGAGACUUUCAGAUGCCAGUACACCUAACUGUUACUGAAAAACCUAAAGGCCUUCAGCCUGGACCCCCUUCAUGUGCUGAGCUUACACUGGGAGAGAAGGAACGGGGAAUCCUGAGAACCAGCAGAAUCAACAAUGCAGGCAGACUAGGAGAUAAGGUGGAGACCAGAGGACUCUUGUAUCUGUGUGAACCAAACUUAUUUUCCAAUGACGAGCAGGAAUAA